CCUCGAGCUGUUACGCAGGGGAGACGUAGGCGCGUCCUUGCUCGAGUGAAAUUCAAGUGUAAAUGUAAAUUGAUUAGGGCAUUCUUCUGUAGCCCGCGUUUGGAACUUUUGAUGAGUUCACUAUCGAACGCACAUGCGCUGCAGUACUGUAAGUCUGUAACUUACUGCGGGGAAGAGUACUGCAGGCAUGUAUGUGCGACAGAUAACGACGACUAAGUAAUUUUAACAUUGGCAGCAGAAUAAUUCUACGAAGAGCUAACUAAAUCCAUACAGUAGAGAAAACACGAAAAUCAAAAGAAAAAAUCCGACGCCAAGAUGCUCGAGUCGCAGUUCGAUUGGUCGGAGGGCAAACGAGGCAGUUUCUCGUGGCUGGACUACGUGGUCUUCGGCGGGAUGCUGGUGCUCUCCCUCGCCAUCGGCAUCUUCUACGCCAUCAAGAGCCGCAAGAAGUCCAACGACGAGUUCCUCCUGGGCAGCAGCAGUCUCACCUGCUUCCCCGUCUCCAUGUCCCUCCUGGCCUCCUACAUCUCCGCGAUCCUCGUCCUUGGUGGGCCCUCUGAAGCCUACUACCACGGUGUGCAGUGGUGGGUCAUCUGCAUAGGCCAGAUAGCCCUCCCUGUGGCGGCCGUGGUCUUCAUGCCCUUCUUCUACGAACUCAGACUCACUUCGAUCUACGAGUACCUGGAGCUGCGUUACUCGUCGCGCCUCGUCCGCUUCGUCGCCGGCGGGAUGUUCGUGAUCCAGAUGCUGCUCUACCAGGCGGUGGUGAUCUACGCCCCCGCCCUCGCCCUCGCCUCCGUCAGCGACUUCCCUCUGUGGGCGUCCGUGAUAUCCGUUGGCCUCAUCGCCUCCGUCUAUACAGCCAUUGGCGGUCUCAAAGCCGUGGUAUGGACUGACGUUCUGCAGUUGUUCAUCCUGAUCGCCGGCCUCUUCGCCAUCAUCAUCAAGGGCCUCUUUGACUUGGGAGGUAUCGGGCCCGUCUGGGACAUCGCCGUCAAGCACGACCGAGCUGGACCUCAGAUUUUUACAUACGGGUUCUAUCCGCUUCAACGACACACCGUCACCAACAUUGCGAUCAGCGCCCUCGUCGGCAAGCUCUCCCAGUACGCCUGCACUCAGACCACCGUCCAACGAUACGCCAGCAUGAAGAGCCUCGCCCAUGCUUACGCGUCUAUAUUCCUCGUGAUUCCCUUCUUCAUUCUGCUGAUCUCUCUCACCAUGGUAGCAGGAAUUGUGAUGUUCGCGACGUACGAGGGCUGCGACCCCCUGGCGGCCGGACUCAUCACUAAGAAGGACCAGAUCCUGCCCUUCUACGUCAUGGAUCGCCUCAGCUCCAUCCCGGGCCUGCCGGGGCUCUUCGUGGCCUGCAUCUUCUCCGGCGCCCUCAGCACCAUCUCCUCGGGCGUGAACUCUCAGGCCGCCGUCACGUGGGAGGACGUCUUCUCCAGGAGGCCGAGCUGCACCAAGCUCUCGAAGACGUCGCAAGCUUGGAUCACCAAGUUUUUGGCCUUAGGCUACGGAAUCCUGGCAAUGGGUCUGGCCUUCCUCGCGGGCCACAUGGGCGGGGUUCUCCAGGCCGCGAUUGCCGUGACGUCAUCGGUAGCGGGACCUAUGCUGGCCUGCUUCAUCAUGGCACUCUUCCUCCCCUUCACAAACUAUAAGGGAGCGAGCGCGGCACUGAUCGUGGGCACGGCCGUAGCCUUAGGAUUCAGCUUCGGUGCCACGGCCCUGGGCAUCAAACCCGAUCUCCUGCCGACGCCCACGGACGCGUGCCCUGCCAACAUCACGCUGCCACCGCCUCCUGAGAUUCCCCCCGUCAGAGUAUCCAACCUAGAAUAUCCUGAGAAGAUCCUCGGCCUAUCCUACACGCUGCUCGGCCCUCUAGGAUUUGUCGUAGGACUUUUUGUCGGAGUCUUUGUCAGCCUCAUAACAGGUCGAUCCCGAGGCGUGCGCGUGGAGAGGUCACUCGUGCACAAGUGGGUCAGGUGGAGUCUUCCUGACCCGAACAAGGUCACAGCUCGAGUCAAAGCUCACUCCUACAACAACAAACUUUCGACGCAGUUUUAGGAUUUGUUAUGUUAUUCAGUGUUGCUGUCAUUAUUGGUUCUGAUAUUGAAAUGAAAAUAUUAUUUUGUGUAAUUGAAAUAUUUUCGUUUAGUAAAAGAAAACAAUUCUAAAUUUCCACACUAAAAGAUAGCUGUGCUACGUGUGAAUAAGAGAUUGUUAUCGUUAAAGAGUUGUGCUUAUAUAUAUGAAUAUAUGAAUACAU